GAACGUCCCUUUCCAAUUACAGAUUGAUUGUUUGAAACUUGACACAAAACAGGCAAAUAAAAAGCAACCUUUGAAGCUCAUUGUUACACCCUUUUCAGAACUUUGAAUUCCACGCACAUUGUCACCUUCCCUCAAGUCUCCGACAAAUGGGAAUCGGCGCAACUGAAAGCUCUAACCUUUGUUCCCAAACGUCGCCUUUCUAACCUCCAAAGAGUUCCACGAUCCACCAAGUCACAAAUAUGGAAGAAUAUUUAAACGUCGUUGAAAUUUAGAACUCACCCAAUUCUUCAACUGCAAAAUCAGACUCUUUUUAUAAUUUGUUUAUGAAAAACUAAUCAAAGCUACAAUCUUUAUUAAAAUUCCUUCAAAGGGUAGGGAAAUGGAAGUGGAAAGUGCAAGAAAAUUUGCUCUUCCUGUAGAUUCAGAGCAUAAAGCAACUGAAUUCAGAUUAUUUUCUAUAGCAGAACCACAUAUGCGAGCAUUUCAUCUUUCUUGGAUCUCUUUCUUUGCUUGUUUUGUUUCUACUUUUGCUGCUCCACCUCUGCUUCCUAUAAUUCGCGAUAACCUCAACCUCACAGCCACAGACAUUGGCAAUGCAGGUAUUGCAUCCGUUUCUGGUGCAGUUUUUGCUAGGAUUGCUAUGGGAACAGCCUGUGACCUUUUUGGUCCACGGCUUGCCUCUGCUUCACUUAUUCUUCUAACAGCACCAGCUGUUUACUUCACUUCCAUAGUUUCAUCUCCUGUUUCUUUUCUUCUAGUACGUUUUUUCACUGGGUUCUCUUUAGCUACUUUUGUGUCUACCCAAUUUUGGAUGAGCUCCAUGUUUUCAGCCCCUGUUGUCGGCACAGCCAAUGGUGUUGCCGGUGGGUGGGGCAAUCUCGGCGGUGGAGCAACACAGUUGAUUAUGCCUCUCGUGUUUGGGCUGAUUAGAGACAUUGGAGCAGUGAAAUUCACAGCUUGGAGGAUUUCAUUUUUCGUUCCGGCAUUUUUUCAAAUGCUUUCAGCUUUUGCAGUAUUGAUCUUUGGUAAGGAUUUGCCGGAUGGGAACUUUAGAAAACUACAAAAAUCAGGAGAUAAACACAAAGAUAAAUUCUCCAAUGUCUUUUAUCAUGGAGUUACAAAUUACAGAGGAUGGCUUUUAGCAUUGACCUAUGGGUAUUGUUUUGGGGUGGAGCUAACAAUUGAUAAUAUAAUAGCAGAGUAUUUUUAUGACAGAUUUAAUUUGGAACUUCACACAGCAGGAAUUAUUGCAGCAAGUUUUGGGUUAGCAAAUAUUAUUUCUCGACCAUCUGGAGGAUUGAUAUCCGAUAUAGUGGCCAAGAGGUUUGGUAUGAGAGGUAGAUUAUGGGCUUUGUGGAUUGUGCAGACAUUAGGAGGUGUCUUUUGUAUCAUUCUUGGAAGAGUGGGAUCCUUGAGUGCUUCCAUUGCUGUCAUGAUCGCUUUCUCUUUCUUUUGCCAAGCAGCUUGUGGGCUUACAUUUGGGGUUGUUCCUUUUGUUUCAAGAAGGUCACUAGGAGUGAUAUCAGGAAUGACAGGAGGUGGUGGAAAUGUAGGUGCUGUUCUAACUCAAUUAAUUUUCUUCAAAGGAUCAAAAUACUCAAAAGAAACAGGGAUUACACUUAUGGGUAUAAUGAUAAUAUUUUGCACUCUCCCAAUAUUUUUGAUAUACUUCCCACAAUGGGGUGGAAUGUUUUGUGGUCCAUCAUCUAAAAAGGUUGCUACAGAAGAAGAUUAUUACAUGUCUGAAUGGAAUUCAGCGGAAAAGGAGCAAGGAUUACAUCAGGCAAGCUUAAAAUUUGCUGAUAAUAGCAGAAGUGAAAGAGGCCAAAGAGCAGACUCACAGACCAUCUCUCCUAAUCUCAGUACCCCAUCUACUAAUGUCUAAUAUAGUCUAUUACUAAGUUUUCCAACAAUGUAUGUUCAGUAAUUUCAACCUCAAAUGCUAAAUCUACUCAAAGCUUUCAUUUCUUUUUAAUAAGAGGGUGAAUACUUUACCUAAUUUAAUAUCCAAUGUAUCAAAAAUUUACAUUUAAAUAUAAAAGCAAUUAUCAA